UAAAGCGAAAGAGCCUCGGGGAAAUCUUCGCGAAAAAUUAUCUCGUACCUCGGAUGGAGACGCGUCGGGGAAUCGGAGCGUGGUAUUUUUACAAAUCGUGACAGUUCGGUCUACACAAAUUCAAGGUUCAAAGGAUUCCCGAAUAGUUAGAACGCGGAAAGUUUAUUCGUCGACCCGAGCGUACGCUGUGAUCCGAAAGGAAUGGAACGUGAAAGCUAGUGCUCUCCGAAAUGCGCGGACAUUCAGUUUCGUUUCUCCAACAAAGAUAAUCGGUCGUCGCAUUUUGUUCGGCGAAGAUAAUCGAUUCUUAAAGUCCCCUAUCGUGUGAAACUUGGCACGAAGGGAAUGAUCGUGUGACGCCCGAGCCGUGAAAGAUUCAUCGAGGCGUUUUACGCGAUUCUGAAUUUUCGGGGUGCGAAUAUCAGUACCGAGUGGACCGACCGGGUGACGCUGGAUCAUGGAUGUAAGGCUGUUACUGAUAGUUCUGGGUGUCAUUUCUGCGAUGUUCGGUGUUGUGGCUACGAGGUUCGGUUUCCCUGGGUUCAACAAGAUUGCCCAGGUUGCGCUCGUUUUGGCGUUGCUCCCGGUGGUUUGCAGAUUCCAUCGGAAGCUGUACAUCAUCUGCAAGGUUCUCCCUCGCGACCUCAAAUUGCUGUAUCGUUCGAUCAGCGCAGAAAUAGAAGUAAAGGGACAGCAUCGUAACAAUAUGACGGUCGUGAAGGUGUUUAAGAAAAGGGUGGAGCGUUAUCCUAAUAAGCCUUGCUUCUUCUUCGAGGAUCGAGUUUGGACUUUCGCCGAAAUUAACGAAUAUAGCAACCAGAUAGCGGACGUGUUUCAAAAAGCGGGAUACGUAAAGGGCGACGCCGUGGCAUUGAUGAUGCCGAAUAGGCCAGAGUACGUCGCGAUCUGGCUCGGUCUGGGGAAACUCGGUGUCGUAACGGCCCUGAUUAACACUAAUUUACGUCUACAAUCUUUGAUUCAUUGCCUUCGUAUCGCCGAUGUGAAAAGUAUCAUUUAUGUGGAAGAAUAUUCGUCUGCCCUUGAUGACAUCAAGGAUUCGAUUCAAGGAAUCGGGAAAUACAAAAUAUGUUACAAGUCUGAGACCUGCGAGGAUGGUGUGCACGACUUGAACAAGCUUAUGUCGAAAGCCAGUAAAGAUGAACCGAUAAUUAAGAAUGCUCCUAACUACAAAGAUAAACUGCUGUAUAUUUACACAAGCGGUACGACUGGUUUGCCAAAAGUAGCCAUUGUUCUCAAUUCGAGAUACCUGCUAAUGAUCAUGCCCUUCAGAUUGCUGGGCAUAAGAUCGAGGGACAUUUUGUACAACCCGAACCCGUUGUAUCACACAGCCGGUGGAAUGGUAGGAGUAAGCUUCGCGAUUCUGAAAGGCGUGCCCGUUGUCCUAAGAAGUAAAUUUUCAGUAUCGGCUUAUUGGUCGGAUUGCAUCAAAUAUAAAUGUACCGUCGCGCAAUACAUCGGUGAGAUGUGCCGUUACUUGCUGAAUGCACCGCCGAAGUCGGAAGACAGUGCACAUCGUCUGAGGCUCAUGUUUGGAAACGGUAUGAGGCCGCAGAUUUGGAAUGACUUCGUUAACCGAUUUAAUAUUAAACGAGUCGCCGAGGUUUACGGGUCUAGCGAAGGGAACGCUAAUAUUGCUAAUUUGGACGGUCAGCCUGGAGCCAUAGGCUUCAUGCCGCUGAUUGUACCAAGGAUGUUCCAUCCUUUAGCAAUUAUUCGAGUGAAUAACGAGACGUACGAGCCUGUCAGAGGCUCGAAUGGUUUAUGCAUACGUGCAGAAACAAAUGAGCCGGGUAUGUUCAUAGGAUUAAUAAAAGAAGGUAGUGCGUCAAGGGAGUUCAAUGGAUAUCUAGACGAAGAAGCGUCGAAAAGAAAAAUAAUAGAGAACGUGUUUGCCAAAGGUGAUAAGGCUUUCGUCACAGGUGACAUUUUAGUAGAGGACGAAUACGGUUAUAUUUAUUUCAAAGAUAGAGUAGGCGAUACGUAUAGGUGGAAAGGGGAAAAUGUCGCCACUGCGGAAGUCGAGGGCGUAAUCAGCGAUAUUGCAGGACAGAGAAACGCUACAGUUUACGGAGUUCAGGUGCCUGGAAUGGAAGGACGAGCAGGAAUGGCAGCGAUAGUCGAUCCGGACAGCCACCUGGACUUCAAAGCUCUCGCGGAAGGUUUGGAGAAAGCACUCCCAGCGUAUGCGAGACCCAUUUUCCUGCGGAUCGUAAAGGAACUCGAGAUGACGGGGACGUUCAAAUUGAAGAAGAUAAAUCUUCAGAAAGAGGGUUUCGACCCGAGCAAGAUCCAAGACAAAAUGUACUUCCUGUCCGGUAACAAAGAGUACAUCGAAAUCACGCCCGAGGUCUAUCAGGAGAUCAUUUCCGGCUCGAGAAAGUUCUAGUCAUCGCGUUUAAACACCGUUGAAAAUAACAUGUACAAGCUAGAGAGGAGUAUGUAUCUUUUUUUUUACAACAUAAACAUGACUUUCUGCACGCGCCUUGUAGAUACAACGCAUAGGAUUUUAUAUAAUAUAUAAUGUCAAGCAUGUGAAACCAAAAUAUAGAAUCGUAAGCGGAAAUUCUUUGGGGCUUGCAAAAAGAAACAAAAAUGGAAAGGAAAGAAUUAUUUUUACGAGGGGUCCGAAAACAAGACGGGGAGGAAAAAAAACAGAAAACAACUUGCGGUCACGUAUUGCGAAAUAAAAAUUAUACAUCUUCUGUCAUCAGUGGGCUGCGGGUUUUUACACAGUCGCAAAAAAUUUCAAUGCACGAAGAGCACGACCCGCGCGAAAUGCAUCGAUAAAUGUGCAAAACGUUCGAAGUUCGAAUAAAUCUCCGUUCAGUUUUGCGUAACGAAACAAAUCUGUUUCUGCAUAAAGACCCGCAGCCUGAGUCAUCAACGACGAGAAUAUGGUGACAUGUUCCUGUAUAUUUUAUAAAUACUCUGUACAUUUUUAAUCAAACUGAACGGUCCGUAAUAUAAGACAGAUUGGCAUUGUAGAUAGAACUAUAGCAACGAAUAAAAUUAUUCUUACGUAACAAUGAUUUCCUCGCGCGAAGAUGGUUUGUUUACGGAGCGCACGAAAAUUUUUCAGCCGAUUCUACUUGGGAAACAGAUCCAAACGAAAAUCACAGUAAAUUUCUUGUGUCUGCAGUAUUUAGUUUAAAUAUACACAACUUGUCACAAUGCCGUGUAUCAUUUGCAGAUUUGUUCUUUGUACGCGUACAUAAUAGAUGUGUAUGUUCCUUCGACUUGCACUCGUCCCGUAACUUGCGUUUAUAUCGAGAUGCCGAUAGAUUUAAAAACGAAGGGGAAGAAAUGUGAAUAUAUACACUGUGAUUAAGCAUAAUAUUAAAUGUAAGCUCAAUUUACUAUAUUAGUUCUAUAAUUGACAAACGAUAGAUGUAUAUAAGUUUGUUAAAAUUAAUUAACAUUUACCCGAGUAUACAGUUUCACUUCCACUUUCAGCUAUUUAAAGAGUAAUAGUUUGUUAUUAGCUAGCAGUUUUCUGUAUUUACGUACAUUUUAAUGGUGCGCUAUAUAGUUCGCAUAAUGGCAAACCUUGAUAAUGAUGCAAAUAAUUGUUUUUAAUAAUCCUCAUUUCGUUAGAAUUUUAGAUUGUUUUUCCCAUUUUCAUAAAUUCAA